AUGACCGCGUUCGAUUGCUUAGAUAUCCACCAACCCAUUAAUAAAAAUAAUUCUCACACCAACUACACCGAAAGCAUUAACUACAUCAACAACCACAACAACAACAAUAACAACAACAACAGCAGCAGCAGCAAAAGUAGUAACAUCAAUAACAACAAUAAUAAUAAUAAAAAUGACGAUGAUGAUGAUGAUGAUUGUCCUGAUAAUGAUCUUGGUACUGACAACGAGGUAUUUGAUAAAUAUCAGUUCUUCGUGAACGCGUUCUCUUACGAAGGAUGGAUGGUUAAAGACAUUCAUUCAUCUCUGGAUAAGUUCAUGUCGCAAUUCGGAGAGAUCAUGAUGAAAAGAGAGGGAAAUGGAAAAAGAGAGAGUGAUGGAAAGAAAGAGAAUGGUAGAGGAAAGGAGAGGAAUGGUGUUGGUGAUGGUGGUGUCGGAGGAGGGAGAGAUAGUGAUGGUUUUGUGAGAGAGUGUUUGACGUGUUUCCAGCAGAAACAGAAAAAAAAAUUUCAGUUCGACUUUGAGUAUUCUCCCACAUAUUUUCCCGUUAAAAAUCACUCGAACAUAGAACAUCAUAUCGACAUUUUCUCAAUGGAGAGCAAGAUUGGACGAGUUGUUUGUGGAAAGCAAAAACUUGGCGCCAAUUUACCUGAGAAGAAGAUGUCUGCCUGCGAAUUGUUACAUCGUAAAGUGCAUACUUGAGUACAGAUGCCCUUUCAAC